CGCAACGCCAGAGUCCCAUCUGUACUCGAUUCACGAGCAUUACCACCACGUCCAUCCACAAUAACCCAUCUACGCAUCCCGAAACUCAUCACGUUGGCGACACUCGUGGGAAACGGAUGUCGUCCACCGUUUUUCGGUCUUCAUAUGUCCCUCGACGGCCUUCGUGAUGCGUAUUCUAGGGAGAAAAAGAACGAGGUCGCGAAUUGCGAGGUCUCUCGCAAGCGUAAGCUGCGCGAGCUCUACAACUAUACGGCCCUACUGAAUGCAGGCCGCCCGCCCCAGUGGCAGGAUUGGGCUAUCAGCGACCAGCCGAGUGAACUUGAGCUGCGCUUUCUCAACCAGAAUGACAUCACCAAAGGUCGACGGUUCAACGACGCAACACUUCCCUCCCCAUUCCAAAAUGCAUCACUACCACCUUUACUACAGUUCCAAUCAUUUCAGUCCCCCGCAAAACCUAUGCUCCCUACGUUCCCAAAGUCCUCACCUUCUCCCGUUAGCACUUUCCCCAGCCUUGAAGAACAGCUGCGAGCUGCGUCUGCCUCGCCGUCUGUCGCGAUCCAACCGCUUCCAUCGACCGAAACAUCGAUACCUAAGGAUGCCAGUCCAGUCGCAAGCCCACUCACGGCCACCCUGCGCGUAGAAACGCCGCAGCCAGAAACGCAAGUGGCAGCACCUGCUGUUGAGGAGACAGCAGCAAGCCAGGCACCAGCUGACACAAUAUUGCUCACACGCGCCCAAUCACCAGGGGCUCAUGAAGUACAGGAGAAGGAGAUUCAAACAAAAGUUCUUCCGGAUAGACCAUCAGUUGAUCACCAGAAUGUCAAUCUACCGACCGCUGAGGAUGCUACCGCCCUGCCUGAUGUAGUGUCAACGUCCACCAGCGUAGAGGAGAAGCCAAAAGCCCCUCAUGUAGUUCAACUACUGCCGCAGGAAGUCCAGGAAGCAAGACUGCAAGAAACGGAGCAGACGCAGGAGCAAGCAGCAGAAAAGGAACACAAGGAAGAAGAGAGACUUGCUAUCCCAAAUGCUAAUGUGGCGGCGGAGCUCGCCUCAUCCCCUUCCUCGACGGUUGGUCCUUACUCGCAAGCCACACCCUAUGCCCCACACCACUCUCCGGACACGAGCCCCGAUACAGAGUCGUUCCACGAUCGUGUCCCACCAUCUAUUCAGAACGAAGUUGGUUCUGAUCCAGCAGUGCAACAGGCGAAGGAAGAAGAAGACUGCCCCCCCAAGCUUCAGAUGCAAGAUGCUAGGGAACAGACACGCGAAGAGGGCUCCGAGACCCCAGAUGUCGAAAGACAGAUUGAAGAGGAGCAAGCUAUUCGUCUUGCUCGAGACGGCAAGUCUCAGAUGACCGAUUUGCAACCAGUACUAGGCACUCAAGCUUUGACUGAACUUGUGGAAGCACGUGAAGCCGAGCCCGAGCAUGAAGGUUCUGUUGAGGACAAGAAUCCAAAGGUCCCAGCUGACUCCUUACCAACACCAACCACGACUGCACCUGAGCCAUCCUUAAUCGGCUCAGAGAGUGCAGAUAACCUUCCAGUGAAACCUCAAGAAUCGGCCCCAUUGGGUCCGGAACAUCCCACCCCACCCGCAGACGUUGAUGCCGAAACGGAUGACGCACCGCCGGUGGCGCAAGAGUCGAAGGCUCCACAGACACCAUCCUGUCCGGAGCGUAUGACAACGCGAGUCGCAUCUGGGGCUAUUCGACAGAAGUCCGUGUCUGAAAUUAUUGGAGAGCAGCCCCCACUAAGAGCAGUACUCACCCCCCGCUCAAGUAACCUCUCAGCAUCGGCAAGUCCCGCACGAUCUCAAUCUCGUGACCAAAAAGGGAAGGAAAUAUCAACGGUCAUCUUUGCCAAAUCGAACAGGACCCGACAGUCUAAAGCCCUUCAACUCUACAGUGAAGACUAUGCAUCACUCCAAGGCGCCUCUCAAGAUUCGAGUCGAGAUUAUCUGCAGGGUUUGUUCCAGUAUCAGGCACAUCAUCCACCGAGAGCCCAACCCCUGCAGGAGCUCCUCUCAUCAGCGCGGAAAACUGUCUCGACGGCUGGGACUCUCGCUACUAUACGUGAAUGCCAGGACUACAAGAUUCUUAAACGAGUCUAUCAGUUACAGAACGCCAAUAGGUGGUCCUUGCGACAACUUCAGAAGUCUACCGAACCUUCUCGACCCCCUACGCAUCUUGACCAUCUUCUCGCCGAGAUGAAAUGGAUGCAGACAGAUUUCAAGGAAGAGCGGAAAUGGAAAAGAGCAUUGGCUGCUACAUUUGCUGAAUGGUGUGCUGAAUAUGUGAACAGCUGUCCUGAUGUCCGGACCUCGUUACGUAUUCGAGCAAAUGUUCCGAAACAUAAUCGACAAAUGAGUACCGCCGAUGAGGACAUGAAUGAUGCGCCCACCCCGGACCUGAUUGCUUCUGGUACCAAUGAAACUGAGAGUGAGUCCUUCGCUGAUGACGAGGAAUCUUCGGAGGGAUAUUUUUCCAAUGCCCCUGCUGGCUUGUUCUCGCUAGGUUUCAACGACGUGGUUAUGAAGAUAGUCCGUACAAGGGCCAGCGAUGCCAUACUCCAGGAACUUCCGGCUUACGAAGUCAACCUUGAAGGCAUGAACGAUGUAACGCCGAUAUCGUUCUGUGAUCCACCAAUUCUUCCUGUUUCGAAAUUCGUCACCGGGAAACUUGUUUCAAAAGUCAGGGGUCCUCCCAGAAAGCGCAGCCGCUACGAGUAUGAUUCGGAGGAUGAACCUUCCAGCCCCCCAAGCAGGUCAGGUACGUCUGCUGAACACUCCAUGCCUUCGACCCCCGGUAGACGGCUUUUUCAUCGGAAUGAUCUACAACCAGAGAUGACUGAUGUUGCAUUGUUCAAUCCCGAGAACAAGCACGUGCGAGACCGGCUCCAAGCCGCACAUCAGUUCAGGCCACCCACUGAAUUCCCAAUGCCCUCCGUAUCCUUCUUUGAGAACAGGAACUCCUCCCAAUGGUUAUGGGAUGAAGACCAGAAAUUACGAAGCCUUGUCAAAGAGUACACCUUCAACUGGUCCCUUGUAGCACAGGAGCUUGCUCUUCCUUCCACCUUUGUAUCUGGGUCCGGUCGAAGAACACCCUGGGAAUGCUUUGAGCGAUGGGUGCAAUUGGAAGGAUUGCCCGCCGAGAUGUCGAAGACUCAAUAUUUCCGAACUUACCAGACCAGGCUGGAGCAAGCACAAAGAACUAUUCUCGCUCAACACCAAGCUCAGUUACAGCAACAAGCUCAACAAGGUCAAAAUAUGCCGCAGCCGCCCCGCAGACGUACGACACAGCCUAUUCGUGUUGAAAGGAGGAGAGACAAUCGAUAUAUCUUCAUUAUUGACGGUAUGCGGAAAUUGGCCCGAAAACGCGAGUCGGUGGCGCAUAAGCAAGCUGAGUCUCAAAAAGCUGCUGCACUUCGGAAAGCGCAUGAGCCAGCAGCUCCAAAGAGUAAUGUCCACACUCCGCAAGAGUUCAGCCGCCUCAAGUGGGAGCGCGAGGAGAAGAUGCGCCAAAGGGUCAUGCAGCAGCAGCAGCAACAGCAACAGGACCAGCAGAUGAGAGUAAUAGCAGCGCAGCGCCAAGCAAGCAUGUCAAGUCAGCCCGGGAUGUCUAAUGGCAUUAAUCAACCGCCGCGCAACGGAACACCCGUUGGCAAUGCUGCUACCAAUAUACCUACAUCGCUGGCUAAUGCUGUCUCUCAACCAGGCCACCCUCUUCCCAAUGCUGGCAUGCAAGCUCGAACUCAUCCAGGGCAACAAUCUAUGCAAGGCAACUUUCCUAAUGGCAACAUGGCCGGUGUGGCUAUGGGUGCAUCAGGUAUUCCACAAGCACAAAUGCAGGCAACGAUGCAGAAUGCGCAACGGAUGCCUCCCCCCGAUAAUGUACGAAUGGCUAUGCAAAGGAGCCAAUUUCCCUCCACCAACCAACACCAAUUUCAGCUGCAACAACAGCAGAUUAACAUGGCUAGCAAUCUAACGGCGGGAAUUGCCAUGGGCAAUAGUAUACCAAAUACUGGCAUGAUGGCAUCCAUGGGCCAAACCCUAAAUGGAAAUAUGAACACGUCAAUGAAUGGCAUGUCCGCCAAUGCUGGCUCUCCGCGAAUGGGCCAGGUGAAUCCAACUAUGCAAAGCCCUUCUCGUCCUCUAUCGAGCGGACACAUACCUCAGCUUCACCAGUUUCAGAAUCAACUGAAAACACAGCAUCCGGAGUGGAAUCAAGAACAGAUCCAAAAGGCGGCUUCGGACCAUCUCAACAAGAUUAUCGCGAGACAGCGGGCACAGGCUAUGAAUGCGGCGGCAGGGCAAUCGGGGAUGACCCCAUCUCCUCAAAUGGGAUCCAACGUGUACCUCCAGAGUGCUGGCAUGGGCAAUAGCCCCUCUCCGAGCACAGUGCAGAAUUACCAGAAUCAACUUCUUCAACAGCAGCGGCUCAUGAGCCAACAACAGCGGUCUCAGCAAGCGGUCAGCCCAGCCAUGAGCUCAGCUCGACCUCCAAGUCGCAGUGCGACACCUCAGAACCCUCAGCUCCAGCAGAGCCCCGGGAUGCAGCAGGCGCAGCUCUCGAGGAGUUAGUGGGGUGACUGGGCUUCAAAUUUUCUGUCUUGCAUUGUAUAUACUUCCUUUAAUGAUUUGUUAUCAUUAGUUUUGGCGUGGAAGAGGGUAUGAGCAAUCUGAUUGUCAGCGAGUUGGGCUUUCUUGGAGCUUGGCAUUUCGUCGACACCCAAAGAGCAUCAAGCUAUGGGCGCGAGGGUCUUGUUUCGGCGAGGAUGGUGAGGCGGAACCUCAUCAUGGAGAUAC